CAGAGCCGCCCCUGGGCGCUGGAGCCGCAGCCUCCGAGUCCUGGCCCGCCGGCUGGUCCCACCCGGACGUGGCCGGACCAGGCGACAGCUAGCCCCGUCUCUCGGACCCCGGCCCCGGGACCAGCUCCCUGGAUCCUCGGUAGGAAACAGAGGCCUUGCCAAGAUGGCGUCUGUGUUCCGAAGUGAGGAGAUGUGUCUGUCGCAGCUCUUUCUCCAGGUGGAGGCGGCCUAUUGCUGCGUGGCUGAGCUGGGGGAGCUCGGGCUGGUUCAGUUCAAAGAUUUGAACUCGAAUGUGAACAACUUCCAGAGGAAAUUUGUGAAUGAAGUCAGAAGGUGUGAGUCCCUGGAGAGAAUCCUCCGUUUUCUGGAGAAGGAGAUGGAGAACGAGAUUCAGAUUCAGAUCUCAGAAAAGUACCCCUUGACCCCACUCCCCCGGGAGAUGAUUACCCUGGAGACUGUUCUAGAAAAACUGGAAGGAGAGUUACAAGAAGCCAACCAGAACCAGCAGGCAUUGAAAAAAAGCUUCCUAGAACUGACUGAACUUAAAUAUCUUCUGAAGAAGACCCAGGACUUCUUUGAGACAGAAACCAACUUGACUGAUGAUUUCUUCACAGAAGAUACUUCCGGCCUCCUGGAGUUGAGAACUAUGCCUACGUACAUGGCAGGGAAGCUGGGGUUCAUGGCCGGGGUCAUCCACCGGGAGCGCAUGGCCUCCUUUGAGCGGCUGCUGUGGCGGGUGUGCAGGGGCAACGUCUACCUCAAGUUCAGCGAGAUGGAAGCCGUCCUGGAAGACCCCGUCACGAAAGAAGAAAUUAAAAAGAACAUUUUCAUCAUAUUUUAUCAAGGAGAGCAGCUCAGACAGAAGAUCAAGAAGAUCUGCGAUGGGUUCCGAGCCACCAUCUACCCCUGCCCGGAGCUGGCAGCCGAGCGCAGAGAGAUCCUCGCCGGCGUCAAUGUGAGGCUGGAAGAUCUAAUCACUGUCAUCUCACAGACAGAGUCACACCGUCAGCGCCUCCUGCAAGAAGCCGCAGCCAGCUGGCACUCCUGGACCAUCAAGGUGCAGAAGAUGAAGGCCAUCUACCACAUCCUUAAUAUGUGCAACAUCGACGUCACCCAGCAGUGCAUCAUCGCUGAGAUCUGGUUUCCAUUGGCGGACAGGGCCCGAAUCAGGAGGGCCCUAGAGCAGGGCAUGGAACAAAGUGGCUCCUCUAUGGCCCCCAUCCUGACAGCAGUACAAUCCAAGACAGACCCCCCCACGUUUAACAGGACCAACAAAUUCACAGCUGGCUUCCAGAACAUCGUGGAUGCCUAUGGUGUAGGCAGUUACCGGGAGAUAAACCCAGCUCCCUACACCAUCAUCACCUUCCCCUUCCUGUUCGCCGUGAUGUUCGGAGACUGUGGUCAUGGCUCCGUCAUGCUCCUGGCUGCCCUGUGGAUGGUCCUCAAUGAGAGAAGGCUGCAGAUGCAGAAGAGUGACAAUGAGAUCUGGAACACCUUCUUCCACGGCCGCUACCUCAUCCUCCUUAUGGGCAUCUUCUCCAUCUACACUGGCCUCAUCUACAAUGACUGUUUCUCCAAGUCCUUCAACAUCUUUGGCUCCUCCUGGAGUGUCCGGCCCAUGUUCAGAAAUGGCACAUGGAGUGAGCACGUGCUGGAAGCAAACGCAUACUUACAGCUGGACCCCGCCACCCCAGGAGUCUACUCGGGGAAGCCGUACCCAUUUGGAAUCGACCCGAUCUGGAAUCUGGCUUCCAACAAGCUCACAUUCUUGAACUCUUAUAAGAUGAAGAUGUCAGUGAUCCUGGGGAUUGUGCAGAUGGUUUUCGGUGUCAUCCUCGGCCUCUUCAAUCAUGUAUACUUCAGAAAUUUCCUCAACAUCGUUCUGCAAUUUAUCCCCGAGAUGUUUUUCAUCCUGUGCCUGUUUGGCUACCUGGUCUUCAUGAUCAUCUUCAAAUGGUGCUACUUUGACGUCCACGUGUCCCAGUAUGCCCCGAGCAUCCUCAUCCACUUCAUCAACAUGUUCCUCUUCAACUACGAGGACCAGGCCAACGCACCACUGUACACACACCAGCAAGAAGUCCAGAGUUUCUUUGUUGUCAUGGCAUUGGUUUCUGUGCCCUGGAUGCUUCUGAUCAAGCCGUUCAUUCUUAGAACCCAGCACCGGAAGUCACAGCUGCAGGCUUCUGUGAUGGAAAAUACCAUCGAGGACAUAGAAGGUGACAGUGCCAGCCCUUCCAUGAAUGCCACCCAAAAGCCUUCUACAGGUGGCCACAGGGAUGAGGAUGACCAUGAAAAGUUUGACUUCGGCGACGUGUUUGUGCACCAGGCCAUCCACACCAUCGAGUAUUGCCUGGGCUGCAUCUCUAACACCGCCUCCUACCUGCGCCUCUGGGCUCUCAGCUUGGCGCAUGCGCAACUGUCUGAGGUACUCUGGACCAUGGUAAUGAACAUUGGCCUGCGCCUGCGUGGCUGGGGUGGACUUGUGGGAGUCUUCAUCAUCUUUGCUGUCUUUGCCUUGCUGACAGUCGCCAUCUUGCUCAUCAUGGAGGGACUCUCUGCUUUCCUACACGCCCUCCGUCUUCACUGGGUGGAAUUCCAGAACAAGUUCUAUGCCGGAGCUGGCUACAAGUUCUCCCCGUUCUCCUUCAAGCACAUCCUGGAUGGGGCCACGGAGGAGUAGCUGCCAGUGGGAGGGAGGACUCGGGCCCUGUCUCAAGGCUGGCUGGUCAAUCAGAGGAUUGUUCUCUACUGAGUGGACCCUGGAAGCCAGACAUGACUUGCUGAUAAGCCCUAGGCUUUGAUUUGACUUGGCCUGAAUCAGAUGAGAACUGGCUGGGUCUGGGUGGUUCUGACCUCAUGUCGGGGGUGUGUGUGUGGGGGGAUGUCUUCACUUGUCAGAUUCAACCACCAUUGAGCAGUGGGGCUAGGAGAGUGCUCCAUCCAUGUGUUCUGGCCACACCUGAAGUCUCUCUUAUUUAAGAAAAUAAACCCCUGGGCUCUGUGCCUUAAGACGUCUUGAUUCACAAGAUCAUUCUGUGAAGUUCAGUUUGAUGAUGACAGGCUGAGGUGAAACAUGAGUGUUACUGAGACUAAUCUUGGGAGAGGGUUUAUACUGGUGUUCAUUCUGAACUUCCUCCUUUCUCUGACACCUUUUUUUUUUUUUUCCUUGUUGGGGGCUGAGUGAAGUAAGUAAGAGACUUUCUCCUGAGUUUUUACUCUAGCUGAGGAAGUUGGGAUCAUGGGGCUCUGUGGGGGUAGAGGGCUGCCCAGGGAUAGCUCUUACUUAAGCCCUGUGGAAUGAAGCAUGACCACAUGAUGUCAUCGGCCAUCUUGUGCAAGAGAAACUGAAGAAAGACUAUAGAUAGGCCUGAGCAAGUUCUGGAAAAAUGGCUCCAGAAAAUGGCUUCCUGCAUCCUGGGGACUUGAAGUAAUUACCUAGGAGGUUAGGUUAGCCAAGGCUUGAGAGCCAAGUACAGAAUAAAAUUUGCUUCAGUGA